UUAUAUAAUCCUCAGUGCUGCGAAUUGUGGACUAUUCCUACUUUGCUGAGUAUUCUAAUUCAUCUGAAGAUCGUUGAUCUGUUUCUGCUAAGUCACUAUGUGAUAUACUACCGCAUUUCUGCUAAUCUGAUGCUUACGGCUGCUCAAAGCACUCGAAAAAAUGGACCGAUACGAUCAUCUGUUUUAACCAUCUCCUGU